AGGGUUUUCCAUCAGACGGCAGCUGCUGCUUCUUCUUCUUCAGGGACUCGACCGGAAUCUACGCGCCGUCAGCGGAUCACUCAAUCUCGCAAACAUGGGAAAGACACAUGGAAUGGGAGCUGGUCGCAAGUUGAAGUCCCACCGCAGGAGGCAAAGGUGGGCUGACAAAUCAUACAAGAAGUCUCACCUUGGUAACGAAUGGAAGAAACCAUUUGCCGGUUCUUCUCACGCUAAGGGGAUUGUCCUUGAGAAAAUUGGUAUUGAAGCUAAGCAGCCUAACUCUGCUAUCAGAAAGUGUGCCAGAGUUCAACUCAUCAAGAAUGGAAAAAAGAUUGCCGCUUUUGUUCCCAACGAUGGUUGCUUGAACUACAUCGAAGAAAACGAUGAAGUUUUGAUUGCUGGAUUCGGGCGAAAGGGUCAUGCAGUGGGAGAUAUUCCCGGAGUCAGGUUUAAAGUUGUGAAGGUUUCUGGUGUUUCACUUUUGGCUCUUUUCAAGGAGAAGAAGGAGAAGCCAAGAUCUUAAGUUUUCAGAGUGGUUGUAUUCGGCUAUCAAGUCUUAGUUUUGAUAUGUUUGUUAAAGAUUUCACAUGUUUUGAUUUUUAGCUCUGUGUUUGCAGAGGGCAGACAAUUGUUUUCAAUUUGUACUGUGAUUUUGGUAAAACACAAUUCAUUUAGAUAACUACUGUUUCUUCCUGGUGUGGA